ACUUCCUUGUUGUGAGUCCCGGCCCUUCAGUGUCCGGACUUGUAGCCUCGUUGUCCUUACCAGGACCGCUAGUCCGAGUCUAGGUCGCAGCUGCAGCACCACUCUGUCGGUUCCCCUUUCAGUAUAGGUCCUUUCCACAAAGCCCCGCGCUCUCUAACAUGCCCGAUCCUAGCAGCACCUCCUCUUUCUACCCCCUCCCUGAGGAAAUUAGGAACCUGUUGGCAGAUGUUGAAACAUUUGUAGCAGACAUACUGAGAGGGGAGAAUUUAUCCAAGAAAGCAAAGGAAAAGAGAGAAUCCCUUAUUAAGAAGAUAAAAGAUGUAAAGUCUAUUUAUCUUCAGGAAUCUCAAGACAAAGGUGAUGCAGAAGAUGAUGAUCCUUUCGCUGGCUCUUCAGACACGGUUUCACUAGCCUCAGAACGAUUUGAUAAAGAUGACGAAGGCCCUUUUGAUGGAAACCAGUUUCCUCCAAUUGCAGCACAGGAUCUUCCCUUUGUUUUAAAGGCUGGCUACCUUGAAAAACGGAGAAAAGAUCACAGCUUUCUGGGAUUCGAAUGGCAGAAACGGUGGUGUGCUCUCAGUAAAACAGUCUUCUAUUACUAUGGAAGUGAUAAAGACAAACAACAGAAAGGUGAAUUUGCAAUCGAUGGCUACACCGUCAGGAUAAAUAACACCCUUAGGAAGGAUGCAAAGAAAGAUUGCUGUUUUGAAAUUUCUGCUCCUGAUAAACGAAUCUAUCAGUUUACAGCAGCUUCUCCCAAAGAUGCCGAGGAAUGGGUACAACAGCUGAAAUUUAUAUUACAAGAUAUGGAAUCUGAUAUUAUUCCUGAAGAUGAUGAUGAACGAGGAGAAUUAUAUGAUGAUGUUGAUCAUCCUCUACCAAUCAGCAGUCCACCAACAAGUUGUCAACCAAUAGAUGAUGAAAUUUAUGAAGAGCUUCCAGAGGAGGAAGAAGCCUCCGCUCCAGUGAAAAUGGAAGAACAAAGGAAGAUGAGUCAGGAGACUGUUCCACAUACUUCAGGAGAUAAAAGCACUGAUUAUGCUAAUUUUUACCAGGGCUUGUGGGACUGCACAGGAGCUCUUUCUGAUGAGUUGUCUUUUAAGCGUGGUGACGUGAUUUACAUUCUUAGCAAGGAAUACAAUAGAUAUGGCUGGUGGGUAGGAGAAAUGAAGGGAGCCAUUGGCUUGGUGCCUAAAGCCUACAUAAUGGAGAUGUAUGAGAUUUGAGACUUCUGGAGAAGGAAGAUUCCUGGGCUAGUCGGCAAAUACUUUGGAUUUAGAAGCAUCCUGAAAACAGGAGUGACAGCUCAUAACCUUUCUUUGUUUUGUUUUAACAUUAUUUGUCUUCAACUGUUAUUUUAUGUUAUCAUUUAUUAGAAUAUUCCGCUGAUGUGAAAUUUAAUGAAGGAUAUUAAUGUAAAUUAGAUGCAAGCGGUAAAGUUAGACCUGUUGCUUUUUUGCAAAGAAAGAAUGGUAGUUUUUAUUUACCCAUCUGAUUUGUGUGAAGAAUUCAGCACAGUUUUA